GGAACAAGAACUAAAUGACCUUUAAGAAUCAAGAAAAAACCAUACAGCCUUAACCAAGAGAAGCACCACUAAUCUAAACUCUCUUGGGUCUAUAUAUAAAGCCUAAGCUCCUAAGCUUUAGCAAAAAUAAAAAAUAUAACAUAAGCCCCAAGUCAUUUCGCACCCAAGAAAAAAUGGUGGAUCAGAAGAUGAAACCGGUGGCCUCUUUUCUUUUAGUUCUGAACUUUUGUAUGUAUGCUAUUGUUCUUGGGAUUGGCGCAUGGUCCAUGAACAAAGCUAUCAAGCAUGGCUUCCUUAUUGGUGCGGAUUAUAGUCUUCCGGCUCAUUUCUCGCCGAUACAUUUCCCAAUGGGUAAUGCGGCAACCGGAUUCUUCGUGACGUUUGCCUUAAUUGCUGGAGUUGCGGGAGCUGCCUCAGUUAUCUCCGGCGUCAGUCACCUCCAAUCAUGGACUUCGACAAGUCUCUCGGCAGCUGUAUCUGCUGCCACCAUUGCUUGGUCGCUCACACUUUUAGCCAUGGGUUUUGGCUGCAAGGAAAUUGAACUUGGGAUGAGAAAUGCUCGUCUGAGAACAAUGGAAGCAUUUCUAAUAAUACUUUCGGCAACACAACUUCUCUACAUUGCUGCAAUCUACAGAGUUCGAAAAUAAAUUAUUUAAAUUUUUACUUCUUUUUCUUUCUUUUUAAUUUAAAUUCUUAUCCGAUUUGUUUAUUUAAUUUGAAGAUGUAACUGUGUGGUUUGAAUUAUUUGAUUGGUUUCUACUUUCUAUUAGAAAAAAUUUCUUAUUUGUAUUUUGUGUCAUUGUGUGAGUCCGACUAUCGACUACAAUGCAGUUGAUGUAAAAAAGUUUCAUAUCUGGUUUACUACGAAUUGAUGGAAAAAUAAAUUGUGAUAA